AUGAAGACACCACUGCUGGGCUUGGCUUUGUGUUCACUGUUGUUCCAGCCUUGGCUGAUGUUGUGGGCCUCCCAGUUCAGCCAAAACUGCCAUAAUGACAGCUAUGAGAUCAGCGUCCUGAUGAUGAACAACUCGGCCUUCCCAGAGCCCCUGGAUAAGUUGAGAGAAGCUGUGAAUGAGGGAUUGGACAUAGUGAGAAUGCGUCUGCACGAAGCUGGCUUAAAUGUGACUGUGAAUGCUACCUUUAUAUAUUCCGAUGGUCUGAUUCACAAGUCAGGCGACUGCCGGAGCAGCACCUGCGAAGGCUUGGAUCUCCUCAGGGAAAUUACAAGGAAAGGUCAGCUGGGCUGUGCUCUCAUGGGACCCUCAUGCACAUACUCCACCUUCCAGAUGUACCUUGACACCCAGUUGAACUACCCCAUGAUUUCAGCUGGAAGUUUUGGAUUGUCGUGUGACUAUAAAGAAACCUUAACCAGGCUGAUGUCUCCAGCUAGGAAACUGAUGUACUUCUUGGUUGACUUUUGGAAGAUCAAUGAUCUGCCAUUCAAACCUUUUUCCUGGAACACUUCAUAUGUUUAUAAGGAUGGUAAUGAGACUGAGGACUGUUUCUGGUACCUUAAUGCUCUAGAGGCUGGAGUUUCCUAUUUUUCUCAGGUACUCAGCUUCAAGGAUACCUUGAGACGAGAUGACCAGUUUCGGGAUAUCAUAGUGAAUCAUAACAGGAAAAGCAAUGUAAUUGUUAUGUGUGGUACACCAGAAACUUUCAACAGCCUGAAGGGUGACCAGGAAGUGGCUGAAGACACUGUCAUUAUCUUAGUGGAUCUAUUCAAUGACUACUACUUUGAGGAAAAUGCUAUAGCCCCUGAUUAUAUGAAAAAUGUCCUUGUUCUGACUCUGCCUCCUGGAAAUUCCAUGAUAAAUACCUCUUUCUCCAGGAGUAUUUUACCGGAAAAAAAUGACUUUGCUCUUGCUUACUUGGAUGGAACCUUGCUCUUUGGGCACAUGCUGAAGAUAUUUCUUGAGAAUGGAGAAGCUAUUGCCACUUCCAAAUUUGCGCAUGCUUUCAGGAACCUCACAUUUCAAGGCUAUACGGGUCCCGUGACUUUGGACGACUGUGGGGAUAUUGACAAUACUAUGGUGCUUCUGUAUGCCUCCAUGGACAACCAGAAGUACAAGAUUCUUUUGACUUAUGACACCCACACAAAUAGUACCACUACAGAGGAGACACGCCCCUCAUUCGUCUGGAGGAACCAUAAACUUCCUAAUGAUAUCCCAGGCCGGGGCCCUCAGAUCCUGAUGAUUGCUGUUUUCACACUAACAGGGACAGUCGUGCUGGUCCUGAUCAUUGCUCUCCUGGUGCUGAGAAAAUAUAAAAGAGAUAAUCAACUUCGUCAGAAAAAAUGGUCCCACAUUCCUCCUGAAAAUAUCUUUCCUCUGGAGAACAAUGAGACCAACCAAAUCAGCCUGAAGAUUGAUGACGACAAGAGACGAGAUACAAUCCAGAGACUUCGACAAUGCAAGUAUGACAAAAAGCGAGUGAUCCUCAAAGAUCUCAAGCACAGUGAUGGCAAUUUCAAUGAGAAACAGAAGAUAGAACUGAACAAGCUGCUUCAGACUGACUAUUACAACCUGACCAAGUUCUAUGGCACAGUGAAGCUUGACUCCAGGAUCUUUGGGGUGAUCGAAUACUGUGAGAGAGGAUCCCUCCGGGAAGUUUUGAAUGACACAAUUUCCUACCCUGAUGGCACCUUCAUGGAUUGGGAGUUUAAAAUCUCUGUCUUGUAUGACAUUGCUAAGGGGAUGUCAUAUCUGCACGCCAGUAAAAUAGAGGUCCAUGGUCGCCUGAAAUCCACCAACUGCGUAGUGGACAGUCGAAUGGUGGUGAAGAUCACCGAUUUUGGCUGCAAUUCCAUUUUACAUCCAAAGAAAGACCUGUGGACCGCUCCAGAGCACCUCCGCCAAGCCAACAUCUCUCAGAAGGGAGAUGUGUACAGCUUUGGAAUCAUCGCCCAGGAGAUCAUCCUGCGGAGAGAAACCUUCUACACCUUGAGCUGCCGGGACCAGAAGGAGAAGAUUUUCAGAGUGGAAAAUUCCAAUGGCAUGAAACCCUUCCGCCCAGAUCUCUUCCUGGAAACAGCAGACGAAAAAGAGCUGGAGGUGUAUUUACUUGUAAAAAGCUGCUGGGAGGAAGAUCCAGAAAAGAGACCAGAUUUCAAGAAAAUCGAAAACACACUGGCCAAGAUAUUUGGCCUUUUUCAUGAUCAGAAAAAUGAGACUUAUAUGGACACCUUGAUUCGACGCCUGCAGCUCUAUUCUCGGAACUUGGAACAUCUGGUAGAGGAAAGGACGCAGCUGUACAAGGCAGAGAGGGACAGGGCGGACAGACUGAACUUCAUGCUGCUGCCCAGGCUAGUGGUAAAGUCUCUGAAGGAGAAAGGCAUUGUGGAGCCAGAACUAUUUGAGGAAGUUACAAUCUACUUCAGCGACAUUGUAGGUUUCACUACUAUCUGCAAAUACAGCACCCCCAUGGAAGUGGUGGACAUGCUUAAUGACAUCUAUAAGAGUUUUGACCAAAUCGUGGAUCACCAUGAUGUCUACAAGGUAGAAACCAUUGGUGAUGCCUACGUGGUGGCUAGUGGUUUGCCUAAGAGAAAUGGCAAUCGGCAUGCAGUAGAUAUUUCCAAGAUGGCCUUAGAUAUCCUCAGCUUCAUAGGGACCUUUGAACUGGAGCAUCUUCCCGGCCUCCCAGUAUGGAUUCGCAUUGGAGUUCACUCUGGUCCUUGUGCUGCUGGAGUUGUGGGAAUCAAGAUGCCUCGUUAUUGCCUGUUUGGGGACACCGUCAACACAGCCUCUAGGAUGGAAUCCACUGGCCUUCCCUAUAGGAUUCACAUGAGUAGCUCCACUAUAGCCACCUUGAAGAGAACCGAUUGUCAGUUCCUGUAUGAAGUAAGAGGAGAGACCUACUUAAAGGGAAAAGGAACAGAGAUCACCUACUGGCUGACUGGGAUGAAGGACCAUAAAUACAACCUGCCAACCCCACCAACUGUGGAGAAUCAACAGCGUUUGCAAGAAGAAUUUUCAGACAUGAUCCUCAACUCUUUACAGAAAAGACAGGCUGCAGGAAUAAAAAGCCGAAAACCAACACGGGUGGCCAGCUAUAAGAAAGGCACUCUGGAAUACCUGCAACUGAACACCACGGACCAGGAGAACACCUAUUUUUAG